AUGUCCGAUGUGCCCUCGUCCUUGUCUGGGUUUGAAUACACUAUUGAUAAGACUUGGGAUGGAUUACCUAUUGAUCACGACCCUAUUCAUGUGAAAAUGAAAUGGCUUUUCGCCAGACUUCCAGGCAAGCCACACAAAAGAGUGAUCAAAGUCAAUUUCCAGGCUCCUUUAUUUGAUGAUCCCGAAGCGCCACCAGACCCGCCUGGGAUACUACCUGGACUUUGGGAAUAUGAGGUUGUUGAAUUUUUCUUCGCUAAUAAUCGUAACCAAUAUCUUGAAGUAGAAGUUGGCCCCCAUGGACACUGGCUUUGCUUGUUAUUUGAUGGAAUUCGGAAGCCAUUCAAUUCUGGAGAAGAGCUGGAAUUGGAGAUCACUAAUAAAUUCGUUGGAAACGUAUGGCACUGCGAAUUCGAGAUUCCUCUUGCUUAUUUACCAGGAAAUAUAACCAAAUUCAAUUCUUUUGCAAUUCAUGGUACAGGAGACGAGCGGGUAUACGAAGCGUUAAAUCCUGUGACAGACGGGCAUUACGAGAAGCCAGAUUUUCAUCGGCUACAGUUUUACGGCAAAAUUAAUAUGCGCCGAUUAUUGCCGGACGGAUACGGGACGAAGCCGUUCAUCGACUACAAAUACGGGGAUGUGUGGAAGGACCACUAUUGA